AUUUUGUAUAUUCCGCUUGCAGCUACGUUUUUGCUUUGUAAUUGUUUUUCUUGCUAGUUGGAAUUUUAUAGAUUUGCAUUUUCAAUAUGCAUUUUAAAGUUGUUUAUGUGACUGUUGGCACCACCAAAUUCGAUGGACUCAUCCGAGCGAUGACAUCAGAUGCAGGUUUAUAUGCAUUGCAAAAACGCAAAUGCCAGAAACUUGUUUUGCAGCAUGGAAACUCAUUGCCUGCUGAGGAAUCCGAACUGAAGCUUAUCAAUGAAAAAUACGGCAUCGAGGUAGAGCAAUACAAGUUCCGCCCAAAUAUAGAGGAUAUCAAAGGAGCAGAUUUGAUUAUCGGACAUGCGGGUGCAGGCACCUGCAUGGAUAUAUUGAACAAUCAGAAACCCGGAAUUAUUGUUGUCAACGAUGAACUAAUGGACAAUCAUCAACUUGAAUUGGCUGGACAAUUGGCAGCCGAGGAGUAUUUGUUCUACUGUCGAGUGAGCGAGUUAGCCAGAAGUCUAGCCAUACUGGACUUUGACUUCCUUAAACCUUACAGAGUAAAUAAAGCUAAUAUGGCAAAGUUUGUGAAUGCUUUGAAUGGACUGAUGAGACAAUAGACCAGAUUUGUUUUUCGCCCUCGACAUCCGAAGUGGACGCCUAGGCUAAGCUAUAUGUGUAUAUAUUUUGAGUAAACACGAUUACAUGAACAUUAGACGACGAUAUUAUAAAUGUGGCUAUACGUUAUAUAUAUAUAAAUUCACGUUAAUUAAACAUUAAUAUAGAACGACAAUUACUAAGCAUAUUUUAAAUUCCUUUAUAAUUUUUUUUAUAAUCUUCUGCAUAAGCAAUGAGACUCCUUGACAUGCUUUGGUUGUUGUUUAACUGCUGCUGAGUCAACUAAUUAUUUAUUCGGCAUCCCCGGAAGCAGAGCCGCCGUUUUCAAUGAUGCUGUCGAAGGAGAAGGGCUGGAAAGCAUAUCCUUGACCCAAAUAGAAUUUGCUCUGGAAUUCGACCCUGUGAAUGUUGUAAAAUAUAAUUAGUAAAUAUCAGAAUUUGUGACAUUGCAGUGCUAGACAAACCAAUGCAGACGCAGCGUGUGCAGGAAGGCUGAUAAUCCCUCCAUCAAGACCAAAAUGCCUACGGUUAGAAUGGCCCAGAAGGCAAAGACGACGGUGACAAAGACGCCGCCAUACCAGCCUUCUUUGUUCAGGCCAAUGGACAAGACCAUUGUCCACAAGACCUCGGCAAGUUCUGUCAAAUACAGAGUAUAAAAUUAGCCAAGAUUGCAAUAUAAAGUUGAAAAAGAGAAACUUACGGGCAUGAGCAAGCGAAAGAGCCCAAAGACGCAAAUAGGAUGCAGUGUGUGACACCGAACCGAGCACAUACUCAAUGGUGUGAAUGCCCUGAUGUAUGAAUAUCUCGGACAUCUCCUCCUCGUCAUGAUGUCCAGCGCCGCCAUGGCCACCGCCUCCUACGCCAUUGGACAUGCCGCCCACCUCAGCAUCGGCACCAGUUAUGGGCUGCACCUAUAUUUGUGUGAAUAGAAAUAGAGAUUAGUGUUGAAUUCUUCUGGGUGACUCGAAACUAGGUGACAAAACAAAUGACACGACUAACCUCUUCCUUUAGCAUUUUUUGGAUAUUUGGUGUAAAGUUUUUGGUUUGUUUGUUUGGGUGUGAUUUAUUGGUUGGGUUAGUUGAAAAGGUACGAGGCAAGGUACAAAUAAACAGAAGUGCAAACAUAAGUUCAGCUGUUAAAUGUAAAUUGUCUUAUAAUGUGGCUCUAAUGUGGGGUGACUAGUGAAUGCAUGAGGCGAGGCACAGAGAUCAAAUGUAGGUGACAUCAACUACUUACGUUGGCCAGCUUGCGAGCCUGCAUAAUCUUGAUGGGUUUGCCCAGCAGCAUGACGGGAAUGCAGCCAAGUGCGACGAGCACAAAGACAACCUGUAUGAAAUGCUGUCCCCAGAACAUGUAGACUUCACAUCCCUGUGCUGGUGUCUUUGGAGUAUUGAACAACACCAUGUCAAUGAACGUGAUGAGAAUCGAAGGAGCACAAGACUCGCUAUAUGGCACUGCAAACAACGAAGUGAAUUAUAGAAAGUGUAAAGCAGUAACUUCGACAACUUACUUUUGUUGGUAGCCGCAUAACGAUUCCAUUUGAUAAACAUCAACAGCACCAUGUAGAAGAAGAGCAGCAGCAAGAAGACCAACUGUGGAAUAAACUCGUAGAUCAGCGACAAACGGUUCCGGAAGUAUGUGUGAUUGUGCCAGCUCAUGACAACGCCAAAGAUCAUAUGCAAAACGCCAAAUAUGAUGGAGAUCUUCAUUUUGUAGGCAUUUUGAAAGACGAUCUUAUUCGAGGUGGCGACCUGCCAAAUGGGAUCCAUGCCAAACGGAUACGGAGUGCCCUCGUAGUCGCUCGUUGCCGGACUCAACUGCAGCAUCUUGUUGUUCCACACCGUCGACUUGUUGUACGAUACAUGCCAA